AUGUUGGUUAGUGGUGAGUUGAAUUUUUCGGAAAAAAUUCACUUUUUUCUUUACUCAUUUCAAUCUAUAGAUACUAUUGCACCAGAUGAUGAUCAAACUGAUGAUAAUAAUCUUGAUUAUGAUAUGAAUAAUGCUGCUGCCCAUUAUGAAACUGAAGAUUUUCCUCUUGAUAUUCAUUUAAAAAAUUAUCAAACUGGUGAUAUAAAUGAUCUGCUAUUUGAAUCAAUUGAUCAUCAAGAAGAUCCAGAUUUGGAAAUCGCAUCGUUUAUAUGCAACUCCAAUCUUGAUAAAUUAAAGAGUAAACAAUUACUUCGUUUAUUAAAUAAUGUAUUUGAUCGAGAAACACCACCUCCAUUAUCAUUACCUUCAUUAUAG